CUUCUUCUUCUUUUUCUCUCAAGAUUAUUCUCAAAGACAUGGAGGGUCUUAUUCCUUUUGUGUACAGAGCUAUAAUGCAAUACAGAAAUGGGAAAGAAGGAGCCAUGGGAUCAUGGCUUUGUGAGUCACCUUCUUAUUCGUACGUUAGACUUUCUGGUGGUGACUCUGGUCGGUUUCAAACCUCCGCUUCUGCUUUACUGGCUGAUUAUGGCUUCUCUGCAACUGCACAACCUGCCAAGUCAUCAUCGUCACCUUCAAAUAAUUCUUCUUCUGCAACACAGUUCCUAGCACAAUCUUCUGGCGGCGUUCAAUCUUCAGGUUCUCCUCUGAAUCGUCGUCAAGUUUCAGCAUGAACAUCCUUAUGCUUCUCUAUGUGCUUCAAGGAAGCCGAAGGCUCAGCACAAGAACUACUUAUCCUAGUAAGAAGAAUACUUAGGUGAAGUUUUUAGAUGUUUUCUGUCAAGGUUUUUUAGUAAGAACGUAAUAUGUUUUUAUUAAACAAUCUCUGAUUGCAAAUUUCUAAACAACUUCCCUUAAGUUCUGUGCUCCUGGUUUGAAAACUGCAUUUAGGGGUUGAUAUUAAAGUGUGCUAUCUGAGUUUGUGUUUCGCAAAUCGUGAAGGCUUGAGAAUCAAGCAAGCGUGUGGAAAAACCAAAGGGGUUCCCAACGCUUGGUUAGUUAGUUAGUGUUGAAAAUCAAUGUAAAUAGGGGGAUUCUGGUGCAUGAGGAAAAAUAAAUAAAUGCAUGUUUCUUGAGGCCAAAGGGCCAGGUGGACUACGAGCUUUUGAGACUGUAUAUUUGAUAUUCUGAUUACCAAAGGGUAUGUUGUUUCAUGGCCAAAAAAGUGGCCAUCGAAACUCUGAACUUGCUUGUAAUAAAAUAAUUAGUCUGCAGUUAGUGUACUUGUUUGUGUUCUGUUCUCAACUCUUAUGUCAAAAUUGUAUUGGAAUGCUUACUUGGCAGCUUGGGCAAUAUGGAUAGAUAUAUAUGUAUUAGUCCAGUAUUCGUUAGAAAAGAGUUUUUAUUUUUCUGCAAGUUAUUAGGUAUAUGUACUUUUAAGAUAGUUUGUUUAAUUUGUUAAUUGACAUGAGCAAUCAUGGUGUGGCCUGCUGCCUACAAAAA